AUGAAUAAUACGACUGCCACGUUUCCAAAUGUUGGGGUGUAUGGAGAAGCAAGGACCAUGGACAUUGUGGCUGGUAUAUGCUUCAGCCUCACAGCCCUACUCGCUUUAGUUUGCAACCUUUUUGUCCUUGUGGUGCUUCAUCGAAGCCGUCGACGCUUUGACGAUAUCAUGCGAUAUCUUAUCCAAACUCUGGCGGUCUCAGACUUAGUCGGAGGCUUUGCGUGUUGUCUUUUCCAAGUGCUUCGUAUCACGCUCAAGACCUUUCCAUUUUCAAUAAUGAUCUGCAAAGCCAUUCCUUUUAUGUCAUUCUACAUGGUUCUGAGGUCCCUGUAUUUAAUGUGCAUCAUCAACCUGUACAGAUGCGUAUCUGUAGUGUAUCCUUUGGCUCACCGAAGAUACAUUAAUAUGAGGAGGAUGCGCAUCUCCGUCUUUACAGUAUGCGGUUGUUUGUGUUCUUUUGUUGUGCCUUUGCUAUUGUUCAGAAAUGAAUUACGCAGUGGAAUAUUGAACACUUUGUGCGAAUUUAGAUCUUCGAGGGAACUAGGCGAUCACGAACCAGGCAAUCACGAACCAGGCGAUCACGAACCAGGCAAUCACGAACCAGGCGAUCACGAACCAGGUGAUCACGAACCAGGCGAUCACGAACCAGAAUAUCACGAACCAGAAUUUUACAGCCGGGUGGCCAACACGAGGGGUCUCUUUGCUAUCGUGUCCUUGGUCAUUCCACUCGCCAUUAUUACUAUCACAAAUAUCAAGCUAUUGAUAAUUGCUUGCAAGGUUGCACAGAAGAACAAACACGUACGGGACCAAGCAGUGUCUUCUUCGUCAUCCUUCGGGCAGGACAAUCAACAAGGCAACACCCCCAGCGCACAUCACAACGCCCUCUACGUCAGAAGUUCUGACAACGAUCCUAGGCGCAAUAGGGGUAACUUUUACGCGAAAGUUCGAGCCAUUCUUGGGUUUAAGGGCCUUAGAACCCUUCUCGCCAUAACAUUAAUGUUCUAUGUGUCUUGUGUUCCCGCUUGCGUCUUAAUUGGAAUAUCAGUAGAGCACCACGACACCAUUAGCUCACCCUUAUUUAUGGCAUCUUCCUUGUUGCUUUUAGGAAACUCAUGGUGGAACGCUCUCAUAUUUCUAUUCCUCUCCAAAACCUUUAGAGAACAUGCAGUAAAGUUGAAGGAAAUGUUCGUGUUACAUUGUACCUUAAAGUGUGACGCAGUGUAA